AUGGAAUUCAAAAACUUUUGCUGUUAAUAAGAGGUUAGGGUGGGUAAGAUUAUGUCCAUUAUAUAAAUGUCACCCAGAAAUACCCAUCAAAACUUAAUUCAGGCCAUUCGUUAUAAUGUACACCUUGUUAAAGUUUUCUUGAACUUCACUUUCACAAUCAACUACAGGGUUACCUUAAAGUUAAAAUACUCAAGCCUUAAACUGGUUUCAUAUCAGGAUUAGGCACCAAAUUAAAUAUAUUCUCAAUAUUAAGCUGAAUUAAAUAAACCACUCUCAGCAAUAAUUUAUGCCUGUUAUUAAUUGAAUUCACAAGUGCUUAUAACACUAUCGAUAGGCGUAGAUUAUAUGGUAUACUAUUGGAGUAGAAAAUCCCUUCUGAUUUAGAAGUAGACUAUUUGGCCGCUAUUCACAACAGAAUCAUUUAUGUAAAUGCUUACAACAUAAAUAAUAAAAUUCAAUUCAAAAAUGGUGUUCCAUAAAGCUCUCCAAUUUCAUCAGCCCUGUUCAAUAUAUAUUUGGAUGAGUUUAUUAAAGAACUGCUGAAGGCUUCUGGAAAUUCAUUUAAAUUAUUAGGGUAUGUUGACGAUUUAAUAUUAUUGACAGAGCAUCAUAAUUUUGGCUUUCUAAUAUCUAAAUUGAAGAGGCUUUCCAUAAGUUGGAACCUUUAGAUAAACAACAGGAAGAGUGGAAUUAUGCCAAUUAAAGAAUAGUUAAAAUUGACUCUAUAUGUCAACUACCUAUUGUACAUAAUUAUAAAUACCUUGGGAUAGAGAUUGACAUAAAAGGAUCUAUAUCAAUUCAUUUGA